UUUCCAAUUGGAGGAGAUGGCUGGUGGCCAACCUUAGGAACGAGGGCAUGGAGGGGGAGGGGGCUAGGCUCUGUGUUGGCAGUUGCCAUGGUUUUGCUCCGAGUUCUGGAGCCGACCUGCCCACUCCCUGAGAGCUCAGGUCACAGAAGCAGAAGGUCAGAAGCUAGAGGGGACGUGAGGAGUGCCACCCUGGAGCCUACCUGCACUCCUGUUGAGAUGGAGGCCUCAGAUGGGCAAGGGGGUGAAGGGGACAAGCCACUAGAGAAGGUGACAAAUGUGCCCUGCUUAGAGAGGAGCUCUAGCGCUAUCCCCGCCGGAGACUCACUUGUGCGUUAUGCCAAAGGCCUGGACCAGGACACCUUCAAAAUUUGUAAAGAAUACCUAAGGCCUCUGAAGAAGUUCCUGCGGAAGUUGCACUUGCCCAGGGACCUUCCCCAGAAGAAGAAGCUAAAGUACAUGAAGCAGAGCCUUGUGGUCCUAGGGGACCACAUCAACACCUUUCUGCAGCAUUACUGCCGAGCCUGGGAAAUCAAACACUGGAGGAAGAUGCUCUGGCGAUUUGUCUCCCUCUUCUCAGAACUGGAAGCCAAGCAGCUCCGCCGGCUCUACAAGUACAUCAAGAGCAACCAGACAGCCAAGUUUCUGGCGGCGUUCUCUCCCUUGGACACACCUGAGAGUUCCUCGCUGGCCGGCCAGGAGGACAGUCUGCCCAAGCUCUGCAACGCCUGGGGGCUGCACAGCAACCUCAGCGGCAUGCAGGAGAGGCUGUCCAAGAUGCAGCCGCCAGGUGAAGAGGCCUCCCUGCUGGAGGAGCCAACAUCUGAGGCUGAUGUCAAGACAGGUUCUUCAAGAAAACUUCCUCAAAAACCAAAACUCAAGAGAAAGAGGAUUAAGGAAUCCCCAGAAACUCCAGAAACGUGUCCAUAAGAAGACCCCCUGGCACAGAGGGCCAGGUCACCCUGGCUUCAGGGGACUCGGGGUCUGCAACAGCUUUGCACCUGAGGGGACUAGAGAGGGGAAAGAAGAAAAUUGUCCUUAGCAAAAGGAUGCUCGGGUCUUAAUUGUGAACAAAUGGGGUGGGAAAUAAACAUCCUUAAGAUAUUUCUACUUUA